AUGGAUACACCGCAUUCAUCGGAUGCAAUGAGGGACGCAUUGAUGAGAAUGAUUGCCAAUGAAUAUUCGAUGGCUAGAUACCCAGAUUGGCCCAAUUUGGCCCAUAUCUAUGUAGAUGGACGAACUACAUACGGACAGCUAUGGGAUGGUAUCCCGGAAUCGGCUGACUAUCUGGCUAUCAUAUUUGAAGAAUAUGAUGGCGUGGGAGUACAGCAUGGAAGUUUUCAGUUCAUUCUGGAUUUGUCUUCACGACGACGUAUGGUCGGAGCCAGAAGGGCGCUAGCGAAUUCGCCAUUGGUGCAGAUGCUUAGAAUCACACAAUUUCCAACGGUAGCACUGUUUAGGCGUGAUCAUCAACAAGCGCUUUAUUUG